UCAGAGAAAACAAAACUGAUCUCUCUCUCUCUCGUUGCGAUUUCAGGAAAAUGGCCGAGGCCAGUAUUUCAGUAGCUCAGGACCAGUUCAUGUGUCCAGUGUGUCUGGAUCUCCUGAAGGAUCCGGUGACUAUCUCCUGUGGUCACAGUUUCUGUAAGGUGUGUAUUAAUGGCUGCUGGGAUCAGGAAGAUCAGAAGGGCGUCUACAGCUGUCCUCAGUGCAGAGACACUUUCACGACAAGGCCUGUUCUACGCAGAAACAACAUGCUGGAUGAAGUGGUGGAGAAACUGAAGAAGACUGAAGUCCAAGCUGCUUCUCCUGCUCGCUGUUACGCUGGACCUGGAGAUGUGGAGUGUGAUUUCUGCACCGGGAGAAAACACAAAGCUGUCAAGUCCUGUCUGAUGUGUUUGGCUUCUUAUUGUGAAACUCAUCUGAAACCUCAUCUUGAACUUCCUGCUUUGAAAAAACACACAUUAAUUGAAGCCUCAGCAAAACUCCAAGAGAAGAUCUGCUCUGAACAUAACAAGCUGAUUGAGAUCUACUGUCGUACUGAUCAAACCUGCAUCUGUUAUUUGUGUACAAUGGAUCAUCACAAAGGUCACGACACCGUCACAGCCGCAGCAGAAAGAGCUGAGAAACAGAGUGAGUUAAAGGAGGAGCAGAUGAAAUCCCAGCAGAGAAUCCAGGAGAAGCAGAAGAAGGUGCAGGAGCUGAAACAGGCUGUGAACACUAUAAAGCUCAGUGCACAGACAGCAGUGGAGGACAGUGAGAGGAUCUUUACUGAGCUGAUCAGCUCCCUGGAGAAAAAGCGCUGGGAGGUGACGGAGCUGAUCAGAGAUCAGGAGAAGGCUGAACUGAGUCGAGCUGAACGACUCCUGGAGCAACUGGAGCAGGAGAUUGCUGAUCUUCAGAGGAGAGUCACUGAGCUGGAGCAGCUUUCACACACACACGAUCACAUCCAUUUCAUCCAGGUUUUAGCUUCUGGACAUCAGUCUCCUCUCUUCCCAAAACCAGAUUUUCACACAUCCAGCGUCACUGUCCAUCAACAUCUCUCAUUUGAUGGAGUGAGGAAUUCUCUCUCAGAUCUGAAAAAGAGACUCGAGGAAUUCUGUGAGGAGGAAUUCAACAAAAUCCCUCCACAUGCUGCAGCAGUUCAGAUCAUUUCAGGACGAGAAUCACAGAGCAGAGAAGAGUUUCUGAAAUAUUUCUGUUAUCUGACUCUGGAUCCCAACACGGUGCAUCGUCACCUCAUUCUGUCUGAGAAGAACAGAGCGGUGAGAUGCAGUGAGAGAGAGCAGCGUUACUCUGAUCAUCCAGAGAGAUUUGAUUACUGGCAGCAGGUGUUGUGUAAGGAGAGUGUGUGUGGACGCUGUUACUGGGAGGUGGAGUGGAGCGGUGCUGAUGUUGUGUACAUAUCAGUCUCAUAUAAAGAUAUCAGCAGGAAAGGACAGGGUAAAGAGUGUGGGUUUGGAUUCAACAAUCAGUCCUGGAGUCUGCGGUGUUCUUCUUCUUCUCUCUAUUUCUAUCACAACAGCAUUAAGACUGAUCUCAGAGUUCCAUCCCCCUCCAGAAUAGGAGUGUAUGUGGAUCACAGUGCAGGAACUCUGUCCUUCUACAGCGUCUCUGACACGAUGAAGCUCCUCCACAGAGUCCACACCACAUUCACUCAGCCUCUAUACGCUGGGUUCUGGCUCUGGUCUCCUGGUUCUACAGUGAGAUUGUGUGAUCCAGAAUAAAAGUGUGUAGUGUUUUCUGUAAAAUUCCUGCACGUUGCCACGUUGUUGCUCAGUCGUCUGUUUCACUAGAACACAAUCCAGCUGCACAAAAACACUCAUUUUAAUAUUUAGAUUAUAAAAUAUGCCGAUAUCGUGUUCAUCCCAUAUUCAGCCUGGAUGAUGAUUGGUCCGCAGAUAGAACCUUAUAAAUCCAGGUUUAUCUGUGAGUUUGGGAUUUUUAUUCAAAUUAUUUGGAUAAAAAUAAGGCCAAAUGUGCGGUCGGUGCUGAUCCGAGGAGAAUUAAAAUGACGGGUGGUUGGGUAGAGAUUGGGUUAUAACACUGAUGUGUUGCAACACCAUCAACUAUCAGUAGGGUUUAUUUAACUUUUUUGUUUUUGAGCCAUGCUUUGUGUCGUUCAUUUCCUAUGUUUGAUCAUGUUUAAACGUUUGCUGUCUAGAGUGCGGCAUUAAAAAAAACAUGCACUGUCAAAAUUGGCAAAAUACAUUCCCAUGUGCUUGGCGUGCUUGUGUCUGACCAUUUCUGUUUUGUAUUAAAUUAAAUCUUGCCAAAAUGACUUAGUUCAAACCUGGACAUAUAGAAAUAGAGCAUGUUAAAAAAAAAAACACGAAAAAAUAAACCCCGGAAAGCCCGCUCCUCUGCUUCAGCCAGACUUGAAGACCCGACGGUGCAAUGCUUGCAGACUGUCAGAAGUAAUUAGACCUAAAUUUCAUCUCAUCUCAUUAUCUCUAGCCGCUUUAUCCUGUUCUACAGGGUUGCAGGCAAGCUGGAGCCUAUCCCAGCUGACUACGGGUGAAAGGCGGGGUACACCCUGGACAAGUCGCCAGGUCAUCACAGGGCUGACACAUAGACACAGACAACCAUUCACACUCACAUUCACACCUACGAUCAAUUUAGAGUCACCAGUUAACCUAACCUGCAUGUCUUUGGACUGUGGGGGAAACCGGAGCACCCGGAGGAAACCCACGGGGAGAACAUGCAAACUCCACACAGAAAGGCCCUCGCCGGCCCCAGGGCUCGAACCCAGGACCUUCUUGCUGUGAGGCGACAGCGCUAACCACUACACUACCGUGCCGCCCAGACCUAAGUUUAUAGCUAACAAAUCAGCAGAUGCCCCAACAAUUAUUAUUUUCGUUAGGCCAGUGUGUAAGGUAUGUUAGAACCGUGCCUUAUAGCCUACGUUAUAUCACAAUUUAAAGGACGUUUGAGGAGUUGGAGGCUGCGAGCGCAAUGAUGUUCCGACAUGCGCUAAACUUUAUUCCCUGAAAAUCAUACACCAGCGUUCAAUGCCCCAAACAGUCAAAAUGUCUAGAAGACUACGGUUAAAUAAUAAUCAUAGCCUACUAAGUUAAAUUACGUCAAAACAUCUGUUUCUGGCCUAUGAAAUGAUGGAGGAAAAUGAGAACGAACGCAAAGUAGAUAGCAGCCAACUUCACGCCAUCUUUUAGGUAACUUAACACUUGUGUUGGCCACAAUAUUUCUCUUAAUAAAAUCUUGAAUUGUUUUUGAAGUCGUAUUCAACACAAAGUAAGGUCAAACCCCAAUUUUAAUUUAAGCGAAGAUCCAGACUUUUUUCUAUAUUGACGUUCGGCACAGAGGAGCAUGUCAUUCUGCUUUCGGUUUCGGCAGCAUGGAUGCGCUUUGCAUGAAAGAAGGCACUGAUGUGUCUGCCAUUGAUAAAGGUGUAAAAACAAGUGGAGGUGGGCUUGGCUGUACGAAAUAGGUGAAAACGGAAAGCCAUUUAGUUCAUGGUGCAAAAAAACUAAACAUUUGUGCGGUUUGCCACAAAAAAAUAAUAUACGGAAGCAAUAGAAAGAAAGUGCUGUCGCGCCAUCAACUGGAAGCCAGCCACAAGGCCAAUGUUAGGGGUCUUCAGCACACCUCUUCUUUCCCAGGAGCAAAUCUCACCUCAACGGAGGUCAGUCCAUCUAUGACUGAUCGUGUCUGUGCACAGAAAAUACGUGUCUGUGCUUUUAUCUCAAAAACAAACAAUGGUGAAGAAUCACUCAACAAUAAAUUGAAUAUAUUAAUCCAUUAAUUAAUUGAUAAUAAAGUUAUCAGUUCUAAGUUAACCAUUCUCAGAAUUUCAUCGAAAUCCACCCAUAACGCCCCCGUAAAUUUUCAGUCAAAUAUUUUUUUUUUGCUUUAAUCCAUGCAAAUAUUACAAUCAAAGCUUUGCAGAAUAAAAGAUCAGAGCACAGGAGAAUAAAGUUUCCCCCAGUGAUGAAGUUUCUGUGCUGAGCUCAUUUUCAGACAGAAGCUUUUAAUACUGAGGUCAGGAUGUCAGCAAGCCGCUGUAUUGAUACACAACGGGAUUUUUCUCCACUUUGGAUGGAUAUUUUUAGAUUAUUUAAUCUGUGGGAAAUAACUACAGUGUCUUAAAUAUGUGUUUGUGAAAAUCACUGUAAACCUACAACUGACUUUUUUUCCUCCCUAAAACAUCUCUUUUAAUGUUGUCAUAUAUUGUCUGUGUGAAUAAUGAUGAUAAAUCUGUCUCUGUGAACUGGAUCUGUCUGUGGUCUGACUCCUGAUUUAGAUUCUCAACAU